AUGGAUUCAAUUAGUUUCUAUAUUGAUGAUGAGCUAGAGGAAGUAUCUGGGACAGUUUCGAGAACAGACGACCGUCAGAUGCCAGAAGUCUCGUAUGAGCACGUUGCAAUUCAAUCUAAAGCUCCACCUGCACUUCCGUCCUCUAUCCCUCCUUUGCUCCCAGCUGAGCUAAUUCAUAAUGCCCCCUUCUUUCCCAAUAUCACUUCCUUUGCCGCAGAGUACAACAAUCCGGCUUUGGAGCCGACAAAACCGGCAAAUACAAAUUUGCGAGAGCCUUCAGAUUCUAUUCCAAGACUGAGGCCCAGUUCGGACUCGAGAACAGUAGCAUUAGAACGGUCCAGUGAAAACACGCUAGUUGCUACAGAAGGUUUUAAACCUCUAGUUACUGAUAUAACACUCAAGAAACCAGAUCUCGUUCAGGAAAUCACCACCCAAAUUGCGACGGCAGAUCCUAACCCUCUGGUCACUAAUACAACACCGAGGCCAUCAUACAUCGCCCAGGAGACUACCCAUGAUGCGACGGGAGAGCCGAAACCUCUGGCUACGUACAUAAGACCGACGAGAUCAUACACCGCCAAGGAGACAAAGCUGCGGACAGAAAGAAACAUCAAGUUCUUCAAAGACUCCAUCUUGACAGAAGACAAACUGCACAUGCUUGGCACUCGGUGGCUCAACCGCGGUCUUUUGAAGAAUGUCCUCUCAUACUGCAAGCCCUUUACAAUAACGCUACGCAAAACACAUUUCUCGUCAUCUGCGGGCGUCAAGACUCCAUUCCUUCGGUCAGACAAAUCCCUGGUCACACUAGAUCACCGCAACUUGUUUGAUUAUCUGCACGAGAACGACCACUGGGAGGCGUUUGCAGAAUCCUUUGCCAGCACUUGGCCGAGGACAUUCGGAUGGCUUAUCGAUGAAGAUGGGACCGAUCUUCGCUACCUUUGGCCACGUGAAUCGCUCAUUACAGAUGAUGAAGCAGCCAUCAUCUGUCGAAAAUCGGUACCAAGGGGUCAGGGGCCCCAAGAACUUCUUGCGAGUCUUUUCAGGGGAUUCGCCCUCACGACUCAACCCCAGGACAACAUGCUUUGGUGA